GACAUUGGCAGAAUCGUUGACAUUGACAUCGACGAAUCACUUGCUAUGCCAUUAGCCAAGAAUAGAUUAGAAUAAAACCCAACGAGAUCCACAAUAACAAUAAAUUGUAAGCAUUACCGGCACCCCCAACCACAAAACAAAAUAAUCGACUUGUUGAUUGUUGAGUUUUUUAGUGUCUCGUUGAUAAUGUCAACAGUCAACAGAACGUUGUCGUUUGAGCAUUCCACCGUGUCUUAAAUUUUCUAGACUGAUCAGAUCCUACGUGAAUUUCAUUAUACAGUGGAAUCUCUAUAACUCGAACCUCAUUAAAUCGAAAUCCUUGUUAUCGAGAUUCCACUGUAAUAAUAUUUGUUUCGGAAAAUAUGUAUAAAAAGUGAGCUCGCAGGGAAUGUAAUCACUACGUUUUAGGUGAGCCGAGUAGUCAAUAGGUACAACUUGUACAAUGAAUCCCACAAUGAAGACGGCUGUGACAGUACUCCAGGAGAUGAUGGUGAAACUUGGCCUGACACCAGAAUAUGAAUGUAUUGCUCAGUCAGGGCCCCAGCAUCAGGCGAUGUUCGACUACCGCUGCGUGGCGUGCGGCGUGGUGGUGACGGCGUCGGCGCGCUCCAAGAAGGAGGCCAAGCAGGAGGUGGCGCGGCUCAUGCUGCAGCAGCUGUCGCGCCGCGGCCUGGCCGUGCCGCCGCCCUACGCCGCCGCGCCGCCCUACGCCGCGCCCGCCCCCGCCCACCCCGCGCACCCCGCGCCGCACCCGCUCGACCCGGGCCCGGCCGCGGCGCCGGACGCGCGCAGCUACGUGGCGCUGCUGAAGGAGCUGUGCGCCGAGUACCGGCUGGCCAGCGUGCAGUACGAGCUGGUGGGCGACACGGGCCCGCCGCACCUGCGCCACUUCACGGUGCGCGCGCGCAUCGGCCAGCACGAGCGCGUGGCCACCUCCACCACCAAGAAGACGGCGCGCCAGCUGGCGGCCGAGGCGCUCUACUCCUACCUGCGCGAGAACCUGGCGCGCGUCACCAGGGACUUCAACGAGGAAGACGCGCUGGUCCGCGCGCACGAGAAGGCGAUGGAACGCUACACCGACAGCGAGGAGCAGCCGCGCCGCCCCGACCUGGGCCAGAAGAUCUCCGAGUACCACCUGGGGCUGAGCGCGCGCCUGGGUGAGUGCGCGGGGGCGGGGGCGGGGCGGGGCGCGGGGCGGGACGCGGCGCCGAGUGACGCGACGCUGUGUGCAGAUGAGGAGAUGCGGGCGCGCGCGCGGGCGGCGCUGCGGCGGCGCGAGCGCUCGCCGUGCGGCGCGGUGGCGGCGGCGGCCGAGGCGCUGCGCCUGCGCGUGGAGCUGGCGGCGCUGGGCCCGCUGGCGGUGCUGCAGCUGGCGGGCUGCGCGCCGGACCUGGUCUUCGCGGCGGAGGACGCGCCCGGCGCCGCCGAGGCCGCGCUGCGGUACAUGCGCCGCGCGCUGCUGCCCGAGGAGCCGCCGGCCGACCCAGACGAUGCCGUGUCCUAAUUCAACGUUAACUAAAAACAAUACUAGAAAUAAGAAUAGAUGAUAACGUGGAGGAUGUAAAGGUGGGUACAGAUUGGUGCAAUGCAACAUGCAAUGCAAGAAUUUGAGGUCCACAUUGCUGCAAUGUAUCAUGUAAUGUAACAGGAUUCCCAUAGUGUGGACGCCUCGCGCGCACGAACUGCGCCUGGGUCGCGCACGCUCCGAGCGUUACAACUCAUGCGCGGCUCAAAUCAAAUCAUUUAUUUCAUUUAGGCGUUUAGGCGUUUACAAGCACUUAUGAACGUCAAAAAUUAUAAAUAAGGUUGAUUCUAGUUGCCCAUUCCAAAAGUAGCUUCCUAUGGAGAGGAACGGGCAAGAAACUCCAUGGUUACUCUUUUUAAAACAUAAUGGGUAUUUCAUUUGGUAUAGUGCUUACAAUAUUUUAAGGGUUGACUCUGAGAAAGUUAAAGAAUGGAAGUUGGACUAGGAAUUAAUUGAUUAAUUUUAAUUAUAUGAGAAAAUUAUUUUAUUAACUAAUUUUAAGAAGUUAAUGAAUUUAACAAACCAAGUUGUAAUGAUUAAAAUAAAAAAAUGACUUGAUAACAACAAAAACAUGAAUGAGUACAAAGAUAUUCCCAGACAGCCUGCCAGUCGCCAGGGAAGCCACUCGUACAAAGUAGGACUAACGCCAUACAUUCUUCAAAUCAAAUCAAAUCAAAUCAUCUUUAUUGUGGACUCUAUAGUCCAUAGUCUCUAUAGUCAUUUAUGAUGCAUGCCUAUGCAUGCAUCAUAAAUACAGUCUAUAUACCUUAUCGUCAAUAUAGUCGUUGAUUUUAUAGUACCUAUGCUCUCUUAAGGUGUCUACACACCAAAGCCGCUGAGGCCGGCGGCCCAAGCCGCCGGCCGUAUUUUGUACAAUCUUGAAUUUUUUAUCUGUAAGGUCUGUUACACAUUUAGGUAGCUUAUUGUAAAAGCGAACAUCGAUCCGAGAUUUGUUGGUUUUUAGAACGAACACAAAGGGGCGCGCAGUGUGCGCAGGACUCAGCCGUGGACGGUCGUUCGUUUUGUUCGCAUGCGCAACGAUCAUGGCGGUGAAAGAGGGUGCGUGGAGUGAUGACGAGUCACAAGGCUGUUGGCGACAUCCUCGUAAAACUUUUGUAUUGGCAAUGGCUACUUAUAUGCUGGAAAUUCAUAUCUGUAAGCAGUUCUCUGCCUUCUCUUCGUUUAUAUAAUUCUGUGCGCCACCAACGUCGGGGUCUUUGGCGUUUUUUUAAAAGUUGAUGAAUGAUUAACAAUGAAGCACUGAUAAUCGUCAGAGCAAGUAGGCUGUCUUCAGACUCCAUGAUUCGUGUAUAUCGACUUAAGUAGUGAUGUGGGCAAAGAAAAGAACACGUGUGACGAGGGCUAGUGUUUGUUACGAAAUGCGGGAACAGAUGUUCUCGAAUGAUUCAUAGUCAAUGCGCCACACGUCCAAGGCAGCAGGGAACAUGCAAUGUAAGGCAGAAUGUUACAUUACAUGUUGCAUUGCACCAAUCUGUACCCACCUUUAGUUUUCGUGUGACGCGGCAUGUGUUGUAUUAUUUUUUUUUGCUUUAUACAUAUAACUUCCUAGUUCAACUUGCAUAAAAUACCACCCAUAAAAUAUUGUAAGUACUUCUUUUUUUACUCAUUAUCGCAUGUAUCAAUAUGAACAUACAAACUGUAACACCUAUUCUGUUUUAAAAAGAGUAACCACGGAAUCUCCUGCUCGUUCUUCUCCAUAGGAAGCUACUUUUGGAAUGGGCAACUAAAAUCAACCUUAUUUAUAAUUUUUGACGUUCAUAAGUGCUUGUAAAGGCCUAAAUGAAAUAAAUGAUUUGAUUUGACUUUGAGCGUAAACUUUACUCGUAAAAUUGUUUAUUUGAAGGCGUUUUAUGUAUGUGAUAUUAAAUAUUAAAUAUAAACCAAUCGUUUAUAUCUUCA